AUGGGCCGCGACCUGAGAGUUGGCGUCAUUUCUCCGUACCGCUGCCACGUGCUCGGCGAUUCGCGUCCGGAGCAGUCUUCCAGUUUCUCCGACGUAGCUGCUUUGUCCGCAACUGCACCAGAUCCGGUAAACGACUCCAUAUGUUUCUUACCGUGGCAGUGGGGGAUGUUGGUCUCAUCACCUGACGCCUCAUGUUGGCCUCCGGUCUGUGUGCAACUCCAACCCCAAGUGGUGCAAGAAGGCGACUAAAGGCCUCGGAGACGUUCUUGAUGUACGGGAUCGCUCGCCAGAAUUUGGGGUCCGCGCGAUUUUGCCGCUCGUCUCGUUUGCGCAUGAACCGGUUGACGAAGUUGCGCGGGUUACCAUUUUCUCUGAAAACCCGUCGAAGAUAUUGGGAUUCGGCAACCUUGUCUUCGGUUCACUGCAGUGCGUCUCCACACGCCGAUAUAGCCUUCUUACGCAACUGCUUUUGUGGCUAAUUGGGUGGUUACUGUUGAAGUUCAGUAUUUGCGUCGUGUUCGUCGCUUUUCUGAACACUUUUGUCUUUAGGCCACCACAAUCUUUGCGACAGACGAGGACAUCAAGGAACGCCAGCUGGGUAUUUUAUUCCUUCUCCAUCGUAAAUUGUAUGUCCGGGAAGACGCUGUUGGGACGUUCUUUGAACGUUAGCACCUGAUCCUGUUCGAUGACGACGAAGGUAUCGUCCACAUACCGAGCCCAGAAAUUCGGUCUGUGGCGUUGGAAGCCCAGCGACUCUAACCGCUGUAGGACCGCCUCGGCGAUGAAUCCCGAAAUCGGCGAGCCCAUUGGUGUUCCCUUCACUUGCUCGUAGAUUGUUCCGUCAAACGUGAAGUACGUCUUGAGACAGAACUUUAGGAGCUGAAGGAAUUGGGCAUGUCCGACUGGAAGACUGCUCCGGACGCGAAUCGCCGAGCACGUGGCAGCGGUACGGAGAAAUGACGCCAACUCUCAGGUGACGGCCCAUUCGACGAGACCCGGCCACACAUUCAAGUUCGAUGAGGCCGAAAUUCUCACAGGAGGGGAUAAUCGCGUGAGCCGUGAAUUGCUUGAGUCAUGGUUCACGGGACCUCAGUCUAUCAACAAGUGCAACCACAUCCCCACUCCAUAUUGCGCGCUGAGGCAUAGGCUGGCCAAAGCAAUCGACCACUCGGGGAGAGCGCAAGCCGGUGGGCCAGAUGGCCGAGCAAUCAUCACGCCAGCAUUCAACACGGAUGAUGAGAUGUCAGCAAUUAACAACUUGCAUUCCGGCCAUCAAGCAAUUAGCGCACCAGCGGGCAACAAUCCUUGAUGAAGGGGAGCGCGGUAAAUUGCUAUAGGUAUGCGGUAGCAUAGUGACUGCAUCCUAUAAAUACUGCAACUUCCUGUGCACGAGUCACCCUUUUCUGCCACUGUCUAUGAUGAUGGGUUUAAGUGAGAAUCCGAAACGUCAGGCGAAUAGAGCCAUUGUUCCAGUGAUCGCUUCUUCUUUUUCUUCUUCUGAUCAUCGUAUAGGAAUUUCGAUUACCGUGGCAGUCUUCGCUCUUCCUGUUGUUCAGCAGCUCUCGUAUCUGUGACCUUAUAUGCGAGUCUGACUGGGCUGCCGGUAGUCUUGAGCAGGCCGCGAGUUGACAAAAAUUUCUGGUCACUCUGCGAGACUAUGUGUAAAAACAGCCUCUAAAUGGAAAGUAUCGUUUUAAGAGUGUUUUAAAUACUAGACUGCUUGCCCCUCAACACUGGUGGACCCUAGAAGCGGUGGGCCUGCAAUUUUUCGAAGGCGGGCCUCUCUUGAUAGUUGACUAGCAAACACGAACAUGCCCAAAAUCGACGUUUUGUGGCCAUUGUUUCAGCAAACCAGCCCAGAUGUCAUUCAGAGAAAAAAAUUUGACCGCAAAAAUUUCGUGCGUGUAUAUUCGGAGAAUAAUACCGUGCACGGUCAAUUUAACAGAAGAUUCGUCAUCAACACAUAGUCGAAUUGUGAUCCCACUCACUCGGUUGCAGAGGUUCGUUAUUUUCACUAAUGCAGAAUGAACAGAAACCCCUCUGGUACAGCUGCCCCUGAUGGAUAUCCUAGCUCUUAUUUUAUAAUAACUCUAUAUAUUUUGGUAUCACCUAAUUAAGGCCAUUUCGGUAAAAGCCGAACUUUCAGAUGCAAGAUGAGGGUCAACAAAACUGACUUAUCGUUACGCAGGAAGAAGUAAUUGAUUUUUACGUAAAAGUCCAGCAAUGGGCCUAAAAAACACAAAUCAAGAUGACAAGACAAAGCAUUUCGCGAAAGGUUGCGACACGUAGUCCGUUGAAGACUAAUAAGACGAUUAUUGUAAACACACGUUCAUCUCCAGGAACUUUUUUGGCCCAUUGAGUGAUCAUUUGUUCCGUGGUACCGGGCACAAGCAAAGCCAGCAGUUCAUGGACGGCAAUUCAACAGAAUUUUCCAUUUGCCGCUCGACUAAAGUUUACUAACAUAAACGUUCCUUGAAUAUUUCGUCAGAAGUCUGUGAUCUCAUCAGUUCGGCCCAAAGUAGACUGAUUGUCAUCCGUUUUCUCGACUGCAAUACGUUUGAAAUGUUUUCCAAGUAUGGUCAAAAUAACGUAACCCCAACACAAGUGCUCCUCACUGUUAUAUUACAGUCAUUGAGGCAUUUUGAAAUACCCCCUAGCUCGUGGAUACUGAAAGGCGGUCAAGUUCAUCCAACAGCAGGACGCGCUUAAUCUCCAUUUAAUGCCAUAACAAUUGCCAGAUACAAAUGCCAGUUCAACUAUUGCAAACAGCGACAUGCACAACGUAUACCACAGAGUAGGCGCGACGGUAAAUUGUGCGUGAAUAAGAUUCUGGGAAGAAUUUUUUUCAGGCUCGAUGGAAAAGUUCAUAUCAAUAUUGAAAUUCACUGAAAGAUAUAUUUCCAACAUAAGUGGUUUAUACAAGGUUUCACACGUCGUACUGAUUCUGACAAAGUUAGGCCGCUUGCGUGCGCCAGGAAUUACAGUAAGUGGGCCAAUUCAUGAAAUUUCAACAGAAAUUCCGAAAUCCGUUUCCGUUUCGAAAAGAUUAAUUAAAUAGGGUUGUGAAACCAAUCGUCGUGCAGCAUAGUUAUAUAAUAAUUCAGUUGCCCCAGGACGUCGGCUUUCGAAAAAACUUCUUUCCGGCUGCAUCCAAAAACCAGACUCCGUAAAAAAUGACUACUUAUGUAGCAUGCGUUUUUCACUGAUUUUCGAUGCCCUUAAAGAUUCAGUUAUAUGUCACGGAAAAAAAUGCAUAAAAUAUUCAUUCUUUUGCUCAUUCGGUAGAAAUUACGUCUUUCAAUUUUAUACUAAAAGGAAAGUUUAAAUUUGGUUUUAUGGAACUUUUCCAAUUCCUGAAUAAUUUUGAACCCAACCUGUCGUUUCACUUGCAUUCAGGGUUCCCAAACUACAAGCCGAAUAAUUUCCGCGUAUGGAAAACCGUACAUUUCUCCACCUUAUUAAGAGGAGACCAUAUGGGGUUCAUAAAAUGAAGCAGUGGAUUUGAGUCGCAUUUUUAUUUUCACAAGCCACAUUGGUAAAUGCGGAGACAUGACGUUUUAUGAAGGGCCAUUUCACGGUAUUAAAAAACCUCACAAUUCGAAACUUUUUAAAAACUGAAUUGAACUCUUCCUUCGAGUGUAAAAUUGUAGAAAACUUGAUCUUCUACUGGAUGAGCAAAAGAAUGAAUAUUUUUACGCAUGUUUUCCAUGAAAUAUAAUUGAAUCUCUAAGGGCAUCGAAAAUCAAUGAAAAAAUGCAUGCUACUUAAGUAGCCAUUUUUUACAGAGCGUGGUUUUUGUAUGCAGCCGGAGGGAAGUUCAUUCGAAAGCCGACAUCCGAGCGUAACUGAAUAAUUAUAGAAUUAUGCUGCGCAAUGAUUGGUUUUACAAUCCCACUUAAUUAAUCUUUUCGAAACAAAAAAGGCAUUUCGGAAUUUCUGUUGAGAUAACCUGAGUUAGUCCACCUACUGUAUGCAUGGUUUGUAACGGAGAACUGGCGUGUGUCCGGGUGUUGUUGUGCAACACGUGGGCCUUAAGGACUGUGUGCGUAUGCUAUGCCAAAACUUGGCCCUCUCAGUCUGGUGUGCGCUGGCAUUUCUCUGGCAUAUGGUACUCUACCGUUGGAUUUGCUGGCGCUCUGCGGUACAUGACUGCUCAGUGACUUGCGUCAUCCUCUCCUCUUACUGACCCAUUUUUAUUGUUGUUCAAAAUGCUGGUCAAGUGAUUUUUGUAGACCAGGGGCUGCGGUGGUACGCCAGGUUGCGGAUCCGGCCGUGUCAGCCAUCUGCGCCCUCUCCCACCUCCGGCCUGCUUGAUUAUGUCUUGACACCGAGCCAAGGUGGGGGAGGAGGAGGAGGAGGAGGAGGAGGAGGAGGAGGAGAAGGAGGAGGAGGAGAAGGAGGAGGAGGAAGAGGAGGAGGAGAGAGAGUGGUGGAUGCUGCGUAACUCUACGCUCACUGACAGAAACGAACAGGCGAGUUACAGGUAG